AACUUCAGCGUCGUUGGAGAGACGACAGUUGGCAAACAAUGCAAGCUAUAUAUUGAUAACUCUGAUACAAUCUCGGCCUCAGCUUCCGGGUUUCCACUGCCUGUCCUGAUCCCCGUGGCGUGUUGUGGUUUUAUGGUGGCUAACGUUAGCUUCCGAGCUAAAAUGCGAAGCUUUUUAUGCAUCGAUUACUAAUGAGAUGACGCUCCUCGCAACGCAGUUGCGCAUUAGGAAACCGCAUUACCCUUCUGACGUUUCAAACGCUAGACCCCUGUCUUCCCCACUCAAGAGUGUUUCUUCAUCUCGGAGACUAAAUGCAACUGGACCAGGGGGCUUGUGGGCAUGAAGUGGCUGGGCGAAUCCAAGAACAUGGUAUUAAAUGGCAGACGACACGGAAACAAGUUGACCAGCGAGCAACAUGUGAGCCAGACUCGCUCUCAGCACUCACAGCGGGCUUCCCUGCGCCACAACAAAAACCGAAGCCGACGAUGUAGCCGCAGGUUUAGUGCAGCCAGUCUGGAGGCAGAGAGACGCUAUGUGCCCUCAUCAGGAAUGACUGCCAAGGAGUUGUGUGAGAAUGAUGACCUGACCACGAGCCUCAUCCUGGAUCCAUACCUGGGCUUUCAAACUCACAAAAUGAACACCAGAUUUCGACCAAUCAAGGGAAGACAAGAGGAGCUGAAGGAGAUCAUCGAGCGCUUCAAGAAACACGACAACUUGGAGAAAGCUUUCAGAGCUUUGACGACAGGGGACUGGUCCCGAAAUCUUUUUCUCCACAAGACGAAAGCUCAAGAAAAGCUCUUCAAGCAACAUGUAUUUGUGUAUCUGCGGAUGUUUGCCACAGACAGCGGGUUUGAGAUUCUCCCAUGUAAUCGCUAUUCAUCAGAGCAAAAUGGAGCUAAAAUUGUGGCAACAAAGGAAUGGAAAAGAAACGACAAGAUCGAACACCUGGUGGGAUGCAUUGCUGAGCUUUCAGAGAGUGAGGAAAACAUGCUGCUCCGGCACGGGGAGAAUGACUUCAGCGUCAUGUAUUCAACCCGCAAGAACUGUGCGCAGCUCUGGCUGGGACCAGCUGCGUUCAUCAAUCACGAUUGUCGACCAAACUGCAAGUUUGUAUCGACAGGACGGGACACCGCCUGUGUGAAGGUUUUGAGGGACACUGAACCAGGAGAGGAAAUCUCGUGUUACUACGGAGACGGGUUUUUUGGGGAAAACAAUGAGUUUUGUGAAUGCUAUACAUGUGAACGACGCGGCACUGGUGCUUUCAAAUCCAGAGCUGGCCUGCCAGUGGAAGUGCCGGUGAUCAACAGCAAGUACGGGUUGCGGGAGACGGACAAGCGUCUCAACAGGCUGAAGAAGCUGGGGGAAGGAAACAGGAGCUCAGAUAGUCACUCUGUAGGCUCCCACACCGACGUUGACUCUCAGGAAAUGCCAAAAACACAUCAAUCUGCCAGAAAAAGAACAUCAUCAUCUGGCCUGAAGUAUAAAAACAGGACUCAAUCCAGACAGACUUUGUCAAGAGCCCUUACUACCUCAUGUUCAAAACAAGGUCGUGUAAACAAUAACAGGGUACCAAAGAGACUAAAAUCCCAAUCCAAGCCUUCACUAAGUAAAGUCCAGUUGCGGAGUCGCAGGAGGGGUGCAGAGCCCAAGGCGUUGGCCAAAGGAGAGACUUGCCAGCUGGGUCUCAGGGACUCAAAGGUGUCGCUUUGUAAAGGUGUCACCGUGAAGAAGGAGAAGGAUGGACAGGAGCUGGUGCAGCAGACGUUAGGCCAGCGGGGCUGCCUCACCCGUCACGCUGCCAAGGAAAAUGGCAAUCUACCGCACGUGCAAGGCAGCGAGGGCAGCCAGUGUUCGACGUACAGAACUCGCAGGUCCACAAGGACCCUUGUAAAAGCCCAGGAAACGGCAGCUGGCGUUAAGCUGGAGCCCAGUGCUAUGGACGGCUUGAGCCCAGUCCCUGGUGGAGUGGUCAUUAAAACGGAGCCAGCCGACAUGGAGGAGUACCUCCGCCACGGAGUAGGGCUGGAGCAGCCGGCUUUGGACCCUGGCUAUGCCAGAAGAGGCUCGUGCACCAGGCGAAAACGGCUGGCACGGCUCAGGACCGAGCGGACGAUCAAAUGCGAGGACUCGUACGGCGAGCCCUUCAUGCCGGUGGCUGCCGACCACGCCCCUAACUUCUCAGACUGUGGCAACGUGCUGCUGAGCUUCUCCGACCGGCACAGGGACUACAACGGGGUUUCCAACGGCAGCAAGUCCCUCCGCAGGGACAAGGGUAAGAGUGGCUGCCGGUCACAGGACAAAAGCAAGAAGAAGCGUCAGAUCACGCGAUACGACGCUCAGCUGAUCCUGGAGAACAGCACGGGCAUCCCCAAACUGACGCUCCGCCGGCGGAGGGACAGCAGCAGUAGCAAGACCAAUGACGCCAACGACCCCGUUGGCUCCUCCAACCUUUCUGCCUCUACGGUCAACUCGGCCUCUUCCAGCAAAAUCAGCAUCAAGUUCAGCAAGGACCACGACAAGGACAAAGGCAGCUCAUACAUCGCCAAACUGAAUAACGGCUUCGCCCCCGUGGUCCACGGCAACUCCACCAAGCUGAAGAUCCAGCUGAAGAGGGAGGACGACGCGCGGAGGAUAUCCCAGACAAAGGCGGACCAGAUGUCCUAUAACGGGGACAUGGGCCAGAGUCUGGAGGCCCGGCACGGUGGACAUCGGACCCAAAAGGUCCUGGCGGAGCCGUCGUCUGACGAGGACGACGAAGACGGCGACGACGAGGAAGAGGAGGACGACGACGACGACGACGAUGACUACUUCGACAAUGAGUUCGAAGACGAUUUCAUUCCGCUUCCUCCAGCAAAGCGCCUCCGACUCAUUGUGGGUAAAGACUCCAUAGACAUCGAUAUCUCCUCCAGGAGGAGAGAGGAUCAGUCUCUGAGGCUCAAUGCAUAAGCUGUGGAGCUCAUCACUCCCAACUUUCCCUCUGUAAAUAAAGAUGACUCGCUAAUCAACUGUUGUGUUGAUGUAAAAGAAGUACAGUAAUUUAAAAACAAACAAAAAAAAAAAAAUUGCUGAAAAAUGAAAGAAUCUGAAUGAAUGUUUUUAAAAGGUUGCCGUUGACCUAAAACAAAUCUCAGUUAUUCACUUUUGUUCAUCUUUAAGUUCCUAAUUUAAUUGGGAGUUCUUCGUCAAAAACUAAUUGCAUUAAUUAAGCAAAAGUUUGCUCACCGAGUCCCGGGCAUUUAUGGCGCUUUCACACCUGUAGUUUGUUUGCUCUGGUCCAAAUCGGACGAUGAGCUUGUAAUCUUGGGGCAGUUUUUCCCCUUGGUUUCGAACAAUCGAAGCGAACCCAAGUGCAUCAUUACAAGGCACGCAAGAACGUUCACUCCGCUAAUUGGUCAGAUGUGUCGGGGGGGGUGGGAGCAAAUGCAGGAAGAAGGUCCUGUGUUCUGGCAUGGUGCAUAUUUCUUUCAUCUCCACGGUCAAACCAGCUCGUUUCAUCUAAAUAUUUUUCACACAUUGUUUUGCGAGGGAGGUUGUUCACCGAGACUUCGCUUGACAGUCAGUCAGUUUCUGCGAUGGCACACCUUCCGCAUCGCAGAAUGCAAAGCUCACCUGACUACGGUAGCCAUGUAGCUCAGACUGGUGGAGUACACACCCAGAUCACGUUCUCACCACAAACGAACCGCUCCAGAGUUGGGUGGAAAGCGUACCGAGCAGGGUUCAAAAGUAGCGCCAUCCACCAGCCGAAUGCUGGUAAAAUAUGCAAAGUGGCUGGUAGAUGUGCUUAACUCCACAGCCUAAAAAAAAAACACAAUGGCAAUCUAUGGAGUGGCUAG